AAGAAGUUGCCACGACACGCAGACGCAGAGGCAGAUAUCUCCGUCGCCGCCGCCGCCGCCGCCGUUGUUCCCGCCGCUUUCUCGCCGGCUGCGCCAUGCUCCGCCUCCGAGAGUGCGUCGUUUCCCGCCUCCUCUCUUCUUCACCCACCUCUGCCAUCCUCCCACUCCGCCGUCUCCUCUCCGCCGCCGCGCCCCACAUUUCCCCAAAUCCCAGGGGCUUCGCCGUGGAGGAGUACCUCGUCGGCACCUGCGGCCUCACCCGCCCCCAAGCCCUCGAGGCCUCCAAGAAGCUCUCCCACCUCAAGUCCCCCGCCAACUCCGACGCCGUCCUCGCCUUCCUCUCCGGCCUCGGCCUCUCCGGCGCCGAUGCCGCCGCCGUCGUCGCCAAAGAUCCGCUGCUCCUCCGCACCAAAGUGGACAAAACACUGGCCCCUAGGGUCGCCGAGCUCACUGGCCUAGGUUUCUCGCGUCCUGACAUCGCCCGCCUCGUCUCCCUCACCCCCGACCGCUUCCGCUGCAGAAACAUCGUCUCCAGGCUGCACUACUACAUGCCCCUCUUCGGCUCCUUCCACAACUUCCUCCGGCUGCUCCAGCGGGGAGGAUCCCACCUUCUUUCAUCGGACCUCGACAAGGUUGUCAAGCCCAAUGUUGUGUUCCUUGUUGAGCAGUGCGGGCUAGGCAAUUGUGAUAUUGCCAAGCUGUGUAUCCAUGGGCCGAGGAUGAUCACCACCAACCCGGAGCGCGUCCGGGCGAUGGUGACAUGCACCGAAGGUAUUGGCGUGCCCCGUGGCUCUGCGAUGUUUAGAAAAGCGCUACAUGCUGUCGCAUUCCAAAGCAAGGAGAAGAUUGCUGCCAAACUGGACUACUUAAAGAAUACAUUCAGGUGGUCUGAUGCCCAAGCUUCCAUUGUUGUGCGCAAGUAUCCGGGUGUGCUAAGGAAGUCAAAGGAAUCUCUGAAGCACAGGUCCGAGUUCUUCUUCUCUGAGGUGGGGCUGGAACCCGCGUACAUUGCUCAUCGUCCGACAUUGCACUCUUAUAGCAUGGAGGGCCGACUCAGACCCAGGUUCUAUGUUAUCAAGUUCCUUGAGGAAAAUGGAUUGUUAGGUCAGUACCGGGACUACUAUAGCAUAGUCAUGCUGAGCGAGAAGAUAUUUGUGGAGAAGUUCAUAUGCCCUCACAAGGAAGCUGCACCACACCUUGCUGAAGACUAUGCAACAGCUUGCAAAGGGGAAGUGCCAACUAAUUUCAGAUUUACAUGA